CAAUGUCUAACUUCGACCUCUGAACGGCACGUUCAGGCUCGCAUUGUGUUGGUCAUCUACAAGUGAGUAAGUCACAUCGGUAUUUUACUAGUGACCACAUCAUGCGAAACUUUCGGUCAAGUCAAGGUGAUACGCAUUCCCGAGUCAAUUUCGGGGAGGAAGACUGUUCAAAUUAGAAGCUGGCUAUAGCGACAAAACGUUUCUUCCUCGUAAACUACUUGUAGUUGACUCACGCGUCAAGUUUGAAGCGUGUUUCUACCCGACAAGUGACGCGACCGGUCCCUCAACACUCGAGAUCAGAUACGAUGUCCAGAUCCUCAAUCGUGCAAGGCGACCGUCCUGCUGUUCCUGAGUGUCUAUCAUGGUCUCACGAUGGUAUGCUAGCUGUUGCAAUAAGAGACCAUGUAGACGUUUAUAUACCGCGACAUGGCCGAGUACAGCCUCGAAGUGAAGAUUCAGUCACUGGAGAAUUCAAAGAUUGGCACAGAGUCCAGUUCCGGGUUAAUCUUUGGGCGUUUGAAGAGCUCCCGCGCAUGAGAAUCACGUCGAGCAAGAUCUUGUCGGUUGGAGAAGAGCAAUCAGAGAGUGAGAUCGCUGUUAUGAAAUGGUCACUACCCGGUCUUGCACAGUAUAGCCGAUGCGCGCUUGCGAUCUUGACAACGAAUCUACGGCUCUCGCUCUGGGCUCCACUUGGAGACCCGCGCAAGUCAUCAUGCUGGACACGUGUAUUAGUCUUGAACACAGCCAUGGAAAGGUAUCUCUCACUUCCAGCACCAAUCACAGAUGGUCCAACAGUCGAUGAAACUUUGCCUCGCCUGCGUGGUCGGAUCCGUCAAUUUGCUUGGGCAUGUCCAACGCGAGUGCCAACUGCAUCAGAUAUAGGCUCAUGGAGCGCACACCUCCUGAUGGCUGCAAAUGAAAAUAAUGAAGUUUUUAUCAUGAACGUAAAAACCACCAAAGAUACUUGUCAAUCUCUUCGCUGGUCGGUGGAGGUGAUGGAGCACUUCACCAUAGCAACCAAGAAUAAGGAUAAAGGCCCAGAAGACUCACUGAAACUGAAUGAGAGCUACCGCAGAAAAUCCUAUGCGAAAGAUCUCGCAUGGAGCCCGUGGUAUUCACAAGAAGGAAUAUUGACGUCAACAAUCGCAUACACUGCGCAAUGUCAGCUUCAGUUUAGGCAGGUACAGCUGAUAGAACGUGAUGAUCACCGAACAACCCUACAACUGAGUUCUAAUAAGGCCGUGCACAAGUAUCCUGUCAGGCGUGAGGGUAGAUCUUGGUCCCCACUCAUCUGGCUACCAAAGAUCACUGCACAGCAAAGCCUGACACUGCUCGCGUUCUCCAUGGAUGGUGUUACAAGCAUUGAGAUGGACCUCGUCAACGACUCAUACUGGAAGGUCUCGGAAAGGAGUCUCGGAGGUAGACUCGAUGCAGUUACCGGGGUCGCAUUGACACCGCCUGAGAUCUUACCAGUACGUUUGUAUGCAACUACUCUUAUGUCGACUGCAGGGGAAGCACCAUUGCAAUUCGUGUUGCCUAUGGAUUCGAAACAACCAGAAAGCUUGCCGAAUUGGCAAGAGCAGAUUCGUGAGCAGCGGAAACUUUUUGGCGUGUUGCAUGAAUUGGGGGACCGAGUUGCGAUCAGGACUUGGGGCCUCACUCAUUCCCCUCUGGGAGAUCUGGUUGUCACCUGUUGUAGUCUGCAUCCAUCAGAUGUGGUCGAGUACAAGAUAACCCACCAGAUGGAAUACGUACUUACGAUUAGCUCAGUAUUGGAACAAGUAGACUCAUUCUCUUUGUCACAAUCGUUCGGUCAUACGUGGGCAGAAGACAUAAGCAUAGAAGCUCUUGCAUAUAGUAUCAAGAGGUGGCUCUUCAAUCAACCUGACUCUGUAGAGAAGGUCGCGACAUUGAGAGACCAAAUAUUACAGGAGCUCUUGAGAAUGUUUGACUGGCAAAUGAAACAGACAGACAGAAUGAUUCACGAUCAUAUGAAUGAACAUAGGCUGCAAAUAGAAUUGAAGCACGCUGUGAUGAUGCGACCAAAGGCGCUCAAUUGCAGACUUCGAACCGCGAUAGACAUCAUCUGCGAACCUGAAAGCACCAAACAACCGCAGAGAAGGCAGACUGCAAGCUUGUAUCUCAAAACACUUGAGGAAUUCCUGCCACUAAUGGACCUUACAAGCCAUAUUGCCAAACGUAUUCUCGUUACGCAAUCACAGGCACAAGCUGGACUCUUGGGCCAGCCUAUACCCGAGGGUCAGGAGCUAUGUGAGAUAUGCAAGAGCUCGAUACCAUUCACCAAUAUCGGGGUAGGGUAUUGUGAGAAAGCGCAUCAGUUUUCGACGAUAGUGCGCUGCGGUUUGACUUUCCAGGCGAUCCAAGCUCCUGGUAUCUCAAAAAUAUGCGGCAUGUGUGGUAUGCAGACUCUUAACGAUUUGACUGGUCUGGCACGCAAUGAGCAUCGUUACAGGGCAGACGAUCCAGCUACAGAAAAUACAAAUGUAGUUGCUACUGCUGCUAUGUCUCGAGCAGCUUUCGAAAGAAGUGGGUCCCCAGGUUCCAGUCUGCCUCCAUUUGAGGAAGUACUUUUCGAUGCAUGCGAUGUGUGCAUUUACUGUGGGGGAAAGUACCUCUCAUAA